AUGUGCUUCUUCACUCUCAAGCUUGAUAGCAAUAUACGCAAUCAUUUAGAUCAUAACGGUUUAAAAUUUGAUCUGUCAAAUCAACCAACUGGGCUUGCUAGUAAUAUUGAAGUGAUUCGACAAGCUAUUAAAAGAAUUGCACUUGAAAAAAUAGAUUUAGAAUUACAUUUGAGAAAUAAUCAAUUAAGUUCAUUUGAAGAAUAUGCGCAUGAAUUGUUAGUUGCUAGACACUAUAUAAAGUAUAUCUCCUUAAGAGAGAACGCCUUUGACAAAUUCCCAACUGAACUUACUAUCUUUUGUAAUCUUACUGCAUUAUCAUUAUCAAGAAACUUUCUAUUGGAAAUUCCUAAAGGUGUUUUCCCUCGACUAAAUGCUCUUCAAUGGAUUAACUUGGGAUUCAAUUAUCUUGAAGAUUUGCCUUCAGAUUUUAUAGAAUGCAAAUAUCUUAGAGGGAUAGAAUUGUCAAACAACAAAUUAUUAGAAAUUCCUAAAGUUUUAUUUAGUAUUACGACAAUUGAGGAAUUAGGUUUACAAAGUAAUAAAAUAAAAUUUAUUCCUAAAGGUUAUAUCUUUCCCAAGAGACUACGAACAUUGAAUCUUUCAUUCAAUGAAUUCGAAGAAAUUCCUAUGGCUUUAAUUUAUCAAGUCCCUGAGUUACUUUCUGUGUUGCUAUUAUCUGGUAAUCCCUUGGAAGAAUUGCCUGAUAAUUUCUUACAUUCUGGUUAUCAACAACUUUGCUGUCUUGAUUUACAUUCAUCAGUUAAUCGUUUACGAGAGAUUCCCAAGGAGAUUGGCUAUCUACGUUCCCUUCAAUGGCUAAAUUUGAACGGUAAUCGACUUCAUGAGUUGCCCAAUACAAUGGCUUCCUUAUCUUGUCUUAUAAAGUUAGGACUUGCUCAAAACCGGCUUGAAUCUUUACCUAGCUUUCUAUUUAUGCAUAUGAUGUAUUUAGAAAAAAUAGAUAUCCGUGCUAAUCGGCUUCAGUAUUUGCCUUCUUCCACACUUAGUCUUAUUCGUGCUCGAGAAAAUGAUUCAAUUCCUCAAGCUUUGGUGCCUCGUACGGUCUUUAAAACGUGCAAUCGACCUCAAUGUAUUCUAAAUGAUUGUUACACUUGCGAGCUUCGACGUAAUGAGGCAUGUGCUCACCUGAAAUCAAUUAUUAUUGAAGAUAAUCCUAAGCUCAAACGUGUGGAUGGUAUCUUUUACAUCUUUGAUGAAAAGAAUACAUAUGUUCAAUUGAUAUCUUUGAGUGAUGCAUAUCAUGUUUUUGACAUGAUGUCUGUUGGAUCAAAUGGCAUUAUUUGGAAAGCAGAUCGUGAAAAGAUGACAGCUAAACUACUUUCAGAGAUCUAUUCUACUACUGCACCAGAUAAAGUUGCGUCAUCUUAUAGCCCCAUUCCAUCUAGCAUCAUGGACGAUCAUGAUUAUUUUAGCGUGAGUGAUGACUCCUUAACAGAGAUAUCAGAUAAUGAAGAAGUAUCAAUCAUUCAUGUUAAUAUCCAACGUAAUAGUACUGAAGGGUCUUCUGUAUUUCAUAAACGUCAUCCUUGUCCAGAUAGAUCACCUUUAUCUCUACGUGAAAUUUGCUUAAGAGUCUAUUUUACAAGAAUGUCUCAACAGUUUGAACAAAAUUUUUUCUAUUCUGAUUUCCAUGCUAAGGUGAGCCCAGAAAAUGUGUUGCUAACACGACUCGAUCAAGAUGAAGAUGUAACUAAAAAAUUUUUGAGCUGCGCCUUAAACCCUUAUGAAAUGCCCCCCUUUAUAGUUGACAGCAUUUUAUUGAAGAAGACAACACGACAAUGCGAUCAUUGUCAUAUUUGGUUUACAAAAUCAAAUUAUCAGGUGGGUUGUAUCGAUAAACUUGGAAGUUUAGAGGAAGAAGUUCCUAUCAGGUUUGAUAUUUGUUCGUUGUCAUGCGCAGUAGAUGCUGUAGUCAAAUUAUAUAUAGCUCAAAAAACCUUACUUUGA